AUGGACGUAAUUGUGAGUGCUCCUGCUGCUGCUGCUGCUGCUGCUGCUACCGGUGGCAAUCCGCCGGCCGCAACGCCUUUACCGACGGCUGCCCCGACCGCUUCCGUUGUGGCCGCGGCCAUCGCGUCCCGUUCGCUGCGAGUGCGCACAUCGAGCCAGAGCGGUGGCAAGCAGUACGGUGAGGCGUUAAGUGAAAUUCAGCUGUGCCCGAGCGUGAUGUCCGAGGGGACGCGCAAGAUGCUGCCCCCGACGACGGAAACCAUCCAGACGAAACCAUUUCCGAUACGUGGUGAGCGUGCCAACUAUGUGAACAGUCCGCAUGUGAUUGCGAUGGUCGGAUUGCCGGCCCGUGGCAAAACGUACAUCGCGAAAAAACUGUCCCGCUACCUGAACUGGAUCGGCAUCAACACGAAGGUGUUUAAUCUCGGUGAAUAUAGACGCCAUGCGACCGAUGCCUACCGUAGCCAUGAGUUUUUCCGUCCGGAUAAUGAGGAAGCGAUGGCCAUCCGGCAGCAUUGUGCUGAGUUGGCGCUGGAGGAUGUUUGCAACUGGUUGGAAAAUGGCGGAGAAGUUGCGGUGUUUGAUGCUACAAAUUCCACCCGAGACCGCCGUCAGAUGAUACGCGAAAUUGUUGUAAAGAAGAUGGGAUAUAAGCUGUUUUUCGUCGAAUCAAUCUGUGACGAUCCCAGCAUUAUCGAGCAAAACAUCAUGGUUAAGCUCAGUGGGUUGGAGCAUCAUCCACCACUGGUUCCGAAUGAGGAAGUGAAAGUAAGUAGUCCCGAUUAUCGGAAUAUGAACAUGGACGAAGCUCUGUCCGAUUUUCGGCUGCGCAUCGAACACUACCAGGAACGGUACGAACCACUGAGCGAGGAACUGGAGAAGGAUCUGUCGUACAUGAAGAUUUACAACACGGGCGAAAAAGUGGUGGUCCACAAGCACGAGGGUCACAUACAGUCACGCAUCGUGUACUACCUGAUGAAUAUACACAUUACCCCGAGAACGAUCUAUCUCACCAGACACGGCGAAAGUGAACACAAUCUACAGGGUCUGAUCGGUGGUGAUUCAAACCUGAGCGAACGUGGCCGGCGCUAUGCACAGGCGCUCGCAAAAUACAUUGACGAGCAGCAGAUUGAAGGACUGCGGGUAUGGACGUCGUGGCUGAAAAGGACCAUUCAAACCGUUGCCGAUGUAAACGCACCCCAGGAACGCUGGAAGGCACUGAAUGAGAUCGAUGCAGGCAUUUGUGAGGAGAUGACAUACGAGGACAUCCAGCAACGGUUCCCCGAAGAGUUUAAGGCGCGAGAUCAGAACAAGUUCGCCUACCGUUAUCCACGUGGCGAAAGCUACGAAGAUUUGGUGGUGCGGCUAGAGCCGGUCAUGAUGGAACUGGAACGACAAGGGAAUGUGCUCGUAGUGUCCCACCAGGCCGUAUUGCGAUGCGUGUUGGCAUACUUUUUGGAUAAAUCUGCCGAUGAGCUGCCGUACUUGAAAGUGCCUCUACACACCAUUAUUAAGCUGACACCGGUCGCGUACGGUUGCAAGGUGGAACACAUUAUGCUGCCGAUUCAUGCCGUCGAUACGCAUCGCGCCAAACCGGAGAGUGAGCUGGAUCUGGACGAUUCCUUCGACAGCACCGUGGGUGGUAGCCCUCCGAACGGAAAGCAGAUCAUUCUGAACGGCUCUAACGGGGAGUGUCGCUUCUUUCCCAACAACUCGUAA